AUGAUCCAGCACCUCAAUAUCUUUCAUGUAGUAAGGGACCCAAAACUGAAUACAGGACUUGAGGUGGAGCCUCACCAAUACCAAGUGCAAGGGGAUGAUCGCUGCCCUGGUCCUGCUGGCCAUGCUAUUCUUACUACAGGCCAGGAUGCUAUUGGCCUUCUUGGCUGCCUGGACACUUGCUGGCUCAUGUUCAGCUACUUAUCAACCAAAGAAGUGAGUGCUACAACAAUCCAUUUCACCAUAGACAGAAACUGUCAAGCAAGGAGCUUAUCUCAUUUCUUAGAUAGCAUGGAAACAGUCAACAGAACAAAUGUUAAACUUUACACCUCUGGACACUUAAACCAUAGCAAGCUUUAUAAGCCUUCAGAGAAAAUAAAACAGGGGUGAUGGUACUCUGCCAGGCAACAAACUAGUUUCAUAAUGGAAAGAAAUCGAAUCCCAGCUGAAAAUGAGAGAGCAAGGAAGAUGAAAAGAUAACUUUUGUUCCAGCUUCCAACAAAGGCUGAAUCUUCUUGCACUCAAAACGGAAAUCCACAGUCACCUGUGACUGGUGUUAGUGCCUCAGCAGAUUUUUCUAUUCCACUGGAAUUGCUAAAGUUGAAAGCAUUUAAGAAGAAAGUAGAGGAUGGAACUGACAGACUCCAUAGAGUCAUCAAAAUGAAUCAAGAUGAGUUAGAUGUGUCAGAGACUAUGAUACUGAAAAACAAACCAGUUAAGAACAGCUGACAGUGUGUUGUGGAGCUUGUCAAGGAGGAAUACCAGUUCAUACCUUCAUACUUGGCCGGGGUAGCUAAAAUGAAACAAUUUGACAAGUUCCUAGAUUUCCAGAAGGAGUUCUUAGCAAACCAUAAACAGAAUGAUUUAACAGGGAGCAAAGUAUCAGAGCAGCAUGAAAGUAAGAUGGCUAAGGAAUGCCAGAUAAUAUGUGAUUGUGAUCCCUUCCAUUUCAAGAGAGCACAGGUUGUUGAGGAAGCAUUUGAAGAUAUAUGGAGCAGGUCUCUGAUACUUUGUGAUAUUCUGAAGGAAAUUAAAAGUGAAUGUGAGCUUUACAUGAUGAUGCUUCUGGACUCUCUGCCUAUGGCACAUUGCAAGAUAGUAUUUAUUCAGGUCAAAGGGAUGGAAACAAAGCUUUCAAGGGCUCCAGAAAUACAGGCACUCAGGAAAGAUGUGCAGGUUGUCAUGCAGAAAGCCAGUACUGCUCUGGAAAGAAGCAAAGAAUAUGAGACAAAUAGAAAAGCAAAAAACCUACUCUCUGUUUCAAAACAGCUUGAAUCUGUGAGGUUUAAGAUUCUUGAUAAAUGGGAAAAAAUUAACACUGAGACUGGGAAGAAAGAAACAAUAGUUUAUGCUGUGACAGUGCAUAGUGGUUUUGGGACGGGACAAUGUGUUCUUUCCCAUACAGAUUGCAUAUUUAAAAAGAUAAGUGAGUCUGAUGCAUUUUCUUUUGCUGGAAUGCUGUGUGACAAUUUACCUGAUCUGUUCCUGACUUUUAAGACUCAAACUAUGAAAAUCAACUCAAGAAACACGUUUCUCCAAGGCCAAAUAAAAGAAGCUGAAGGAAAUAUCACAGAAAUUUUAGAUGAACUGAAAUUCACUCAGGAAAAUCAAAGGGGAGUAUGAAAUGUUCAAAUAUCUAUGUCAGUGUGGUUGCAUAGAAAGU